AUGAGAUCUUCUUUUCUCGAUGGUGUCGACUGGGGUUUUACCCUUUUGUUUGUACUAGCUACAGGCACUCUGGCGCGGAAUUCGUCUUCGACGAAUUCUUCCUCGGAGUCUCCAACGCUGGUUCGCCUCUGUACAUCCAGCGACAUCGCCAACAUGAACGUCAUUAACUGCGAAUGUCCCUCAGAUUUUCCUCCUGCAUCAAAUGCCUGUAAUGCGAACGGUAAAACCUGUACGCAAAAAUGUAACGGAGGAUCUGUGACGUCUUUUGCCGAACUAGACGUAUGUGGUGCUGGCUGCGUAGAUGCCAACAACGAAUGCAAUGGUUGCUACAUCUGGUUCUCUGGGCUUUGCCAUUGCCUUCAGAAAAUGCAAGAACAAGAGCAAAUUACCUGUAUUGCAUCCUCAAAGCUUACUCCCGGCCAAAAAACACCGCCAAUAUGGAUGAUUAACGCUCCGAACGACUUAAUGACCACCACCUAUCUGGUGCCGGGAAUCCUGCAAUUGCACCAAAUUCCCGACUAUUGGGUUGGGUUUAAUCUCGCACAGAACACAAUUCGGAAGAAUUACGGAAAUUCUGGAACUCUGGCUUUGAACUCAGUGACCAGCCGCACGGAAGAACAAAUCCACAUCCAUCUCUGCAGUAAUGGAAAUCAAAAUGCUCGCGACGUGGUCAAUGGUCUAGAUCCCGCUAAUUACAAAACACUGGCGACGGUGGAUUUAUCAAAGGCUAUGCCAGGCUAUGCUAUGCAGUGUCGGGUUUCAUCACAGAAGGAUGCUAAUAUUGACCAAGGGGGGGAUAUUCUGAGCUAUCUUCAGACACUUACUAAAGACCACGGGCCCGAAAAUUGUGCCCAAUAUCACGUUGGAUCUGGGUUUAUGAUUGAUAAGAACGGACUUGCUUGGUCUUGUGUUACGACCUCUGGAUCGCCAGAGAAGAUUUUCUGUUAA